AUGGGCCAAAAAGCCUCCGUCCCCAAACAGGGCACCCAAAUCCAAGUCAUUGGCGCCGGGCUACCGCGCACAGGAACUUCAUCAUUCAGCGAAGCGCUAGAAAUCCUCCUAAACGGACCGGUGUACCACUGUGGCACACAAAUAUCGAUAGGCCCACCAACGGAGAUAAAAAGCUGGAUGCCAAUUCUACAGAGCUGGCUCAAACAAGAAAACAGCACAAGCCGGACCAAAAUGCUCACCCUCCUACGACACCGAUUGGCCGGCUACGUCGCCAUCACCGACUCCCCAGGUUCCGAGCUCGUCCCGGAACUCAUGGAGCUGUAUCCAGACGCCAAGGUCAUCUGCACAGUGCGUGAUCCUAUCUUGUGGGAGACGAGUAUGCUCCACGUGCAGAGUUUGACUGGUGUUUGGUUUGCGCGCGCUGUUCUACUCCCGCUGGACGGGAUGAGACAUUUUAUCCCGUAUGGGUAUUUGCUCGCUGCGCUCUGGGAGAGGCUUUAUGGUGGUGUUGCUGGUCAACAUGGUCGGGAGACUUAUGUGAGUCAUGUUGCUUGGUUGAAAAAGGUUGUGCCGGAGGAUAGGUUGGUUUUCUUUGAUGUUAGGGAUGGGUGGGGACCGCUGUGCAAGGCUCUGGGCGUGGAGGCGCCGGUUGAUGUGCCGUUUCCCCGUGUCAAUGAUUCGGAAGCUAUCGAGAGGUCUGUAAAUUAUCAUUUCAAGAGGGGCCUUACGCGCUGGGCUUGUAUAUUCGCUGUGCUUGGUGUUGGGGCGGCGGCUUUUCGCAUGUGGAAGUGA